AAAAUUAAUUUUCCUUUUAGAAAACCUCUUCCAUUGGAGUGGAGCGGAAAAGAAAUGGGGAUUCAGGAUUUCAUCAGCUCCACCACCAAUUCACUGAGACGGAAGUCCGUCGCUCUCGUGAAGCAAGCAUGGGCAGCUUCUCGCGCCUUCGGAUCUGCAGCUAUCGCUAAGAUCGGCGACGCCCCUAGAGCCAUCAAUAUUCACCGGCUCGACCCGGUUCGCUAUAUGCCCUAUGAUGAAUCUCGUGCAAAGGUCGUCGUCUUCUCCAGGAAAUUCGCUAGAAACACCGUCUUCUUCAGCCUCCAAUGGUAGAAAACCCUAAGUGAAAAUCUAAACGCCUGCUCCGCUUCACAUGAUAUUAGACACGCCUGCGCCCUGCUUGUGCCUCUCCGCCCUCCCAUCCGGUUAGUGCUAUUGCUUUCUUCGAUAGUCCGCUGGAUAGCAGACAGCUCCGCGGCCCGCCUGUGCUUUUCUGCCAUUGGCCGAUGCUUUCUCCAAUUUUCCUGUCGUACCUUUUGAUUUGCUUAUUAGGUACGCCCGUUCUUUAUCGGUUACUGCACAUUGCCACCCCCGCAUUCCUCAUUCCCCAUUUUUAACACUCAGAGAAGAAUGAUAAUUGCUGUUUGGGGCUUUGGGAUUACUGGAUGUAAUAAUGAUUUCAUAAAUAAAUCUCAAAUUAGGGAUCCCAUAUUACUUUGUUGUUUUGUGUGAUGCGGCCAUAACUUGACUCACUUUGAACUGGUAGAUUUUUACUUUGAAUUUUCAAUGUUUCGCGAGCACAUUUUGGCAACCUCUGGAUAGUCAUUGUGGUUAGGAGUUUACUGAGAGUGCUGAUGGUAACACUUCUGUUUUUGGUUCCAAGCAGUGACCCAAACUCCUAUGUCCUUCCUAUUGAAAUGUUGAAGACUAAGAAUGGCUAAAAUUUUACAGAAAGUGACAUUAGUAGGGAAAUGGUUAUCAAUAUCAAGUCUAAGGAUUUUGUUAUAUGUACUCAUGAUGUGAGAACUUACACUUUUUUCUUUGUGUUUUGACAACUUAUCUAGUUGUGUGUAUAUACAUGCAGGGGCCUGAAAAUUUGUCCCGGGAAGGGAAAAAAGUGUAUAUGAAAAUACUUUUACUUUUUAAUGUUUUCAAAUAAUGUUCAUAGAGUCAGGUGAUUGUUUCACUUCAAAAUAAAACCAAUUUUUAUUUCAUUUCAGGUUUACAAAUGAGGUUCCCCUGUAUAUAUCAUGUAAAGGUUUCCCUUCCCUAUUACUUAUAUUUGCAUAGGAUAGACAAUGAGCUUUUUCUUUUUUAUACUAUAUACAUAAUUGUGACAUCUCUUAGAUAUUUCCCACCAUUCAAGUUCUCAUUUCUAUGUACUUGUAUUGAAUUGCAAAGUGAAAGGAUACUCUCUCAAACUUGUGAAUUAUUGGAUAGGCAAUAAUUCUUAUACCCUAGUAUUUGCAUUGAUGUCAAUUCAAUUGCAAUUUAUAAUUAUGAAGGUUAACAUUUAGUAUAUUUACCCAACUUAAUGUAAGAUUAUGAGAUAACCUAACUUCAGGAUAUUACUAUACGUUUUAAAAGUGUAUUAGUUCUAUGGUUGAUGAAUCUUACAUUUAAUUCAAUUACAAUCUAUAAUGAUGAGGGUUAAUUGUUAAUAUAUUUACCUGACUAGUGUAUUAGUUUCUACAGGGACUUUGCAAAUUUAAUGUAAAUCUUGUAUGAGACUAUGCAUUCAAUGAGAAACUUAUAUAUAGACCUGGUAUGUAAUGUGAGUAUAUGAAUAACUUUUAUCUACCUUUAAAAUCCUGGUGCGUAUUUGAAUUGGUACCUUUGUUACACUUCCAAAAGAAGAUGAAUUAGCAGGGAUAUAUUUAUCUUAAAUAUGAAUAAAAAUGAAUGAGCAGGGAUAUAUUUCUCUUAAAUAUGAAUAACAAUGAUUUCAUAAAAAAGUUUUAAGCUAGCUAUGAGUAGAUUAGAUACUCUAUUUUCUUUUAAAGAUUUUCAACUAAAAGAGUGAUAGAGAGCGGGAAGAGCAGGGAGAGCAGGGGGCUGUGUGGAAGAGGAGGGUCCGAGACCCGAGAGGCUGUCGGUUUACUGCAGGCGGGAAUGGGCUUGAGGUUGAUUAUAAUUUUUCUCAUUUGUUUCCUAUUUGGAGUUAAUUAGGAUUUCUAUUAUUCGUUUCCUAUUUGAAGUUGAUUAGGAUCUCUAUAUUUUGUUUACUAGUUGGAGUUGAUUAGGAUUUCUAGGAUUUUGUUUCCUACUUUGUUAAAACCCCAACUCUAUUACUUAGUUGUGAACUCAACAAAGUUCAAUUUGUCGCUCAACAAAGUUCAAUUUCUCACUCAUAAUAAUUAAAGUAAACAUUGGGUAAGUCAUGUACUGUCUAACUGUGUCAGUGUAUUGCAGAGUUGAACUUAUAUAAUUGCAUUUGUGUGUGGCUGGUGAUUAUUAGUUUGUUUAGAUUUUGAAUUUUGAUGUAAUGGAGGAUCCUAGUAUUUUAUUAGGUGAAGCAGUGUGUUGCUGAGUCCUUUCUUAUACUGGGGCACAUCCUUUGAUCAUGUAAUUUCUGACUUUACAUUUGGUUGUUAGCAGUUAUCCAAAAAAUAAUAAUACAACCCAAGAGUACAAUUGUUGUGGAUGAUCGUCUAUCAAAGUGAGGGAUUCACAUGAAGAUGAAGAUGGAAGCGAAUCAAAUGAUGAAUGAUGCAUACCCAUGAUUUGUCACUUGAGCUUCUCCUAGUAGCAGUGAUAAACAAUCUUUUGGUUUGUGAACAUGAUGUUCAACAGUUUGCUACUUAUGAAACUCACGUCUUUGUCAAAGAGCUUUUAACAUAGCUAUUUUGCAUACUUUUGAAUGCUUUUGUACAACCUUAGUUGCUUGGUUUGUAAUGUAAUGGAUUUGAUGUUGAGGCCAACAUUUGUUUCACUUUUGUACGUAAUUAUAAUUAAAUGGCAGCUAGUUACAUUGAUUGGUAUAGGUGUGUAAAAACAUCCUGACUGCAUGUGUGCAAAUAUA